CAUUUAUUCACUUUACCACACCGUAAGAUUAACAGACAGGUUGAGUCCAGCGAGGUAACCGAUGAUGCACUGCGGCAUAUAUUUUGCAAUAUUUGGUAUUUCCCUGCUUUCAACAUAUGGACAUGCAGAUGAUCCCCUACAAUACUGCGCAGACAUCGUGUUUAUGGUACAAACCUCAUGCACUUUAACUCCCACAUCGCUUCAAAUCGCAUCCAUGUUCAUGGCUAAAACUGCCGAGCUUGUUACAGACAAAUAUGGUUCUACCAGAUUGGCUGUAGUGAAGUAUAGUAAGGAUGUUUCAGAGAUUUUACCGUUAUUGGCUGCUGAGGACUUCUUAGAUCAACUGAACACUUCCAAGCUAUACGGCGAGGAUGACUGUGAGGAGAACAUGGCUCAGACAUAUGAUGCGCUUGACUUUAUCAGAAAUGGAGGUUACUUUAAUCAGCCUUUCGAGAUGAAAACACUGAAGGAAAGGCCCGAAUCCAGAGGCAAGAUUGUCAUCGUGCUGAACGAUGGGGUCGCAUUUCAAAGAAAGGGAAAUAUGGAACAAGCCUUCGAAAAAACAAAAUCUUCUAUAACAGCCCUCCAUCAAGAAAUCGGAGUGAGUUAUAUGACACUUGAGUUCUUCAUACGUCAGUCUGGAGAUGAAAGGUUCGGAUCGGAGGAAAUGGCGUUGUAUCAACCGAACCUUGCAAUGAUGUCGAUGGAUGAAAAUCCCUUCGAUAAAUUCAAGUCAGCUCUAUUACGGUACACAUGCACUCAUGAAGAUGAAGUCAUAACAACAACCACCACCAAGCCAAAACCAACAACAACUACCACUACGCCAAAACCAACAACAACAACUACGACUACGCCAAAACCAACAACAACAACAACAACAACAACAGCAACAGCAACCCCAACAACGACUCAGCGACCUAUUGAACCUGAAGUUUGUGUAGAUGUCGUUUUUGGUAUUGAUAUAAGCUGCUCAUUGGAGGUUAGCAACAUAACGAAAGCGUUCGAAAUAUCUCAGCAAAUCAUGGAUAGUUUUGGUUCAACAUCCCAAUUUGGUGGCCUUAACUAUGAUGAGACCGUCGUUGAUACCUUUCUGUUUACAAGGAAUGUAGAAAGUGCUAAACAAAGCGUUGGAAACUUUCGUACCAAAGCAGUUGCAUGCGGUACCAAAACAAUAGCAGCUAUCGCAAAAGCUAGAUCUGAUUACUUUGAUUCUCAAUCUGACGAUCCAGACCACAAGAAUCUUAUUAUACUAUUUGGUGAUGGAAAUGAAACGCCGUGGAAAACAAAUCCCAAAAUGUUAGCGGCUGCAGAAGGAUUUAAGCAAGCUGGUGGGACGAUCAUUUGGGUGGUACUCACAAGUAAUCGAGGAAACUUUAAGAUUCAGCGUGGUUUAGAAGAGGAAAUCAAAAUCAGUGCUUCUAAAUAUGACAAUGGAGAGCCGUUAGUAUUUGAUCAUCUUGAUACCGAAAUUGUUGCUAAAAUCAAGGACUAUGCACGAAGUCAAUUUGCCUGUACUUCAGUUUAAAAAUAUUUGAUAGUAAAUACGUAUUUACGAUAACCAUAAGGAUUCCUAAUAUUAUUUCUAUUUGAUAUAUCCAGUUGUCAAUCAAUAUUCAAUUCGUUUAUUCAGCUAUAUCAUGAGCUACGUGUAUAUGCAAAUAUACAAAAGUGAUCACAAAAAGCUGAAAACAAUACUAUACAAAUAUUGAAUGAUGUUGAG